GCCGACACGUAGCGCAGUCACUCGCCAACUCUCAACGUUGUACACUUUGCCCUCCGCUUGGAGAGAGACAUACAGACACUUAGAUAAUAGCGGACAGGAUGCUGACGGACCUCCAGAUCGUGGCUAUCGCAGUGACGGGCGUGACGCUGGUGCUGCUGAUCAUGGCAGCGCGCGUGCUGCUGCCGAAGAAGACGGACGAGGUGGACGAGUCGUUGCAGGCCAUGAUCAAUGGCUUCGACUUUGCGCUACCUGAGGAGGUGGAACAGUACCGUAAGGGCAAGGAGGAGCACCCAGAGGAUACGGACAAGUGCUUCCAGCUGCUAUUCCGUCGCGCUGUGGCCGACAUCCCGCUUAUCCGCAAGAUCCAGUCGGAGAGUUCGGGCAUCCAGCGACUCAAGAAGAACGAUAUCCUCAAGGACGGCUCCUUCCUCAGCUAUAAACUGGCUGAGGAGAUGAUUAAUGAGGAGAUUAACGACGUGCGUAGAGAAGCAGAGGAGCUCAAGCCCGGUGAGGGCUGGCCCGACAAAAUCUUCCCCCAGGCCGUGCAGUUUAUGAACCAGAUCGCCGAGCAGCAAAUGGCAGCACAGCGUAAAGCGGCAGAGGCACAGAUGAAGGCCAUGCAGGCGGCUCGCGCUAAGGCGAUGGCACAAGCGGAGGCUGCUGAGACUGCCGUUAAGAACAUUGAGGCACAGGUAGCGGCUAAGGAGAGUGAAGAGGAGACACUGCGGAAGAGAAAGUAGACGACUGAGGACGCUACUGCAGCCUCUGCCUUCACCCGUAAAUGCCUCUUUUGGACCUCCCACUGCUUCGGCAUUUUGUGAGAUAGACAGUUUCGUUUGAUCAAAUUUUGUGUCGUUACUAUUUUUAGUACGUUUCUUC